CCGCCCCGCCCCAAAAAUGUUGUGGUACUAGCCUACCAUACAACCGAUGGCAGCAGGGAAACUUUGGUGCUGUCAAGAUACCACGCAAUAGUGAUCCGAAAAUCUUCUUUGAAAGUCCAAUGAUCAGGGUUUCCUGGUGUUUGUCCUGUUACGCGCGCAGUAAGAUCGAUCAGCAGAGAAUAAUAGGACGAAGCAGACAAGGACAAUUCAUGCAUUGAUUGUAUAUUCCCCUAUUGCACUUUAUAACGAGAGGUUUCUGGUGAGUUAGUUUUAAUCAUGUCCGAACAACGAAUAUUUGUAAGCCCUUUCCACAGACCGCACUGCUUGGCUGCUGCAGCCCCAGCUGGGAAGGCAAAGCUAACCCAUCCAGGCAAAGCUAUUUUAGCUGGUGGGAUUGCUGGAGGCAUUGAAAUCUGUAUCACUUUCCCCACUGAGUAUGUGAAGACCCAGCUACAGUUAGACGAGAAAGCCAAUCCACCACGUUACAAAGGCAUUGCGGACUGUGUGAGGCAGACGGUUCAGGGUCAUGGGGUCGGAGGCCUGUACAGAGGCCUCAGCUCGCUGUUGUAUGGGUCCAUCCCGAAAGCAGCUGUCCGGUUCGGGGUGUUUGAGUUCCUCAGUAAUAAAAUGCGGGAUGAGUCUGGCAAGCUGGACAGCAUGAGAGGUCUCCUCUGUGGCCUGGGGGCGGGGGUGGCAGAGGCUGUGGUAGUGGUUUGCCCGAUGGAGACUGUGAAGGUAAAGUUCAUUCAUGAUCAGACGUCAGGAAACCCAAAGUACAGAGGCUUCUUCCACGGGGUCAGGGAAAUCGUUAAAACUCAAGGUCUUAAAGGAACAUAUCAAGGGCUGACGGCAACUGUACUGAAACAGGGAUCCAAUCAGGCUAUUCGAUUCUAUGUAAUGACUGCGCUAAGGAACUGGUACAAAGGUGACGAUCCCAACAAGACCAUGAACCCUCUGAUUACCGGGGCUUUUGGUGCUAUAGCGGGAGCAACCAGUGUGUUUGGCAACACGCCUCUGGACGUCAUCAAAACCAGGCUGCAGGGUCUGGAGGCACAUAAGUACAAGAGCACCUUAGACUGCGCCAUCAAGAUCAUGAAGCACGAAGGACCUGCAGCGUUCUACAAGGGGACUAUCCCGCGUCUGGGCCGAGUGUGCAUGGAUGUGGCCAUCGUGUUCAUCAUUUACGAGGAGGUGGUCAAGGUUCUUAACAAAGUCUGGAAGACAGAGUGAGGCUGGCUCGGCUGAACGUGAUUGGCUGAGCAAGUUGAUCCUGCGAUGUCUGAUUAGCCUGUCAGGGACAGUGGUGGCUGAGGCCUUAUUACUCAUGAGACUUUGCUGGAGUCCUGUUUACCAUCUCUCAGGCUGCAAUAUUGUGUACUUCCCUAAGGAACACUUUUCCCAAUCGAAUGUGAUAACAGACCUACAGAGUAUACUUGAAACGGAAAAGCUAAUAAAUGUUUAGUGUAGGUCUCUAUUCAGAGCACAUUUUAAAACUGUAAUAUAUGUAAGACAGAUGUAGAUUUUAGAAGGCGAUGUGGUAAAUGUGGCAAAUGCUGGGAGUGACUAAAGACUAAGCCUUUAUCAGUAUAUUGUUGCUAAUUAUGUAUUGCUAAAACUCACUGACAAAUUAUAUUUUAAUCAGAAAUGUAUUUCUUUAAAAAAAAAAGUAUGAUUUUUUUGUUCAUGGAAUUUUAUCCAUUGUAUGUAUAGUAAUUUGAAUUACCUUCAUUUUAAUGCUGACAGAAGUAGUGACAGCCAAAGAUAUGCUCAGCUGCAUAACUCCUUAAAUAUAGAUCAGGGGUUCAACAUUUCCUCCAAAACACUGGUAAAACCUCUUAGUUAGACGUUCCUGGACAGAAUACACAAAUGGUUGAAGUGCCUGCACGUAUAUGCAUACAGCAUAAGUUAAUGUUUCAUGUGCCCACAGAUUUGUUUUUUCAUUAUUACUAUUAUUUUAAUAUUUUUGUAUAGGUGUUUCACCUGGAAAAGAUCCAUGCAAAGUAUCGGAGCUCUCAUGAAAUACUUAGAACAAAAAAUUCCUUCUAGUGCCUCAAAGCAGAGCAAAACUGUUCCUUAGGCAAGACCUUGUUAGUUUCUCAUUCCUUCAUAGUUCUCAUUCCUUCAUAGUAACACAUCCUUGUCCCCAAAGCUACAGUAGACUAGAAGCCUAUGUUUCGGUAGCUUCAUUUAACUCACUUUUUUUACGCAACAGCAGCCUCCAACAUGUCGUUUUGUGUGUAUGGGCUCAUCACUCUUGCAUUUUUUGCCAUUUCAUUUAGACAGAGUUGGAUUUCUCAAUUUUAGCUGGAAAUUUUCGUUCUUCGAAUUUCAAGUUAAUGCUUAGCACUUCUGAUUGGCUGGGCCAGCUGUCAAUCUGGGCGGCACUGGCCCACCUAGACCCUUUAUGUGGCUAUGCACCCACCCAAAAAGGUAGACCUUGAAGAUGUUUGAAAAUGGACCUGUUUGUAUCUACAGAAUUUGAAUUUGUUCAAGAGACCCUUGCAAAAGAACCAAAGCUUUCAGUCUUUAAAAAUAGAUGUAUACACAAGAUUGUCUCAUGGUAGGAGCACUUACUCGUUCAUUCUCGGGGUGCCUAAUUGAAUCCCCAUUCUAUCUUUUUAUCUAUUCCUUACGAGUCUUUCAUGCAGUUCCCUUUUUUAGAGCCAAUUUAUGUUUUGCAGUAUUGUGAAAAUUAGUCAUGAUUCACAAACCCACAACGCCUUAAUAUUCGCAAAACUAGUGUCAGCUGUCAGCACUGAGGCAUUUUCCUCCUACCUCAAGACGUCCAUAAUAGACAUGUCCAUGUUAAAUAAACGUGAACGUGGAUUAGGAGUGCAGCAAAACGAUUACCUGGUACCAUGGUGCACUGAGUUAAUCGGUUUCAAAGCCUCAACCGUAGGUCUUCGCUCAUUUAAUGUAGGCCUACAGUAUAUUGAAAUGCAUGCAUUUUGUUGGUCAUUUUGUUAUACUGGAGAUAAUUAUUAUAUGCAAAGUGCUGACAUUGACUAACAGCUACAUGUGAUGUUUUUUGCUUUCACACUGUAUUGGACCACCAGAGCUACAACACAACAGGUGUUACAUUUUGUUGCAUCGUCCAGAGCUUUUUUUUUAUCCAUGUGUCUUCAUGUCUGAAUGUAUUUCUUUUUAUUCAAUUGUUCUGUUAAGUACAUUUUACAGAUUGUUAAUAGCUAAAGACUUCUGUUAUGGUACGACAAAUCAGUGUCAUAUGCAGUUUGUUGUCUACUGCAUUUUGUUGUCUUUGUACUUUGCAUCUACUCUGCACAACGACAAAGUUGAAUAUAAUCUAAUCAAAAAUUUCAAUACCAUAAGGGCAAGCUUUGUUGGUUUCACUUGUUACAGACCUGUUUGCCAAUACCCUUGUUGCUCUUAAACUUAAAAAAAAAAAAAAACUGAACUGGAAUGUUUUCCCAAAAAGAAAUAUGCUCAUGAACAUCUUUGAAAGUCAUUACUCCUGCUAUGUUGUUUAAUAUAGGCAUAUAGGAAUUAUGUCUUAAUGUGAUCCUUAAUCAAUGCACACCUUAAAAUCUUCACUGUCAGUUAAUGCAUACAUGUAUAAUGUCAUUCUUUGUGAGUGCAGAUCGCCAUGUGAUGUGCCUUCAAUAUUUUCAUUCUCAUUGCCAAUAAACACCGAAAUGAUUAGGGGGGAAA